UCAAAAGCAUAUGGAAUACAUUGAAGAAGCUCUCGAUUUGGUUGUUGAAAACCAAUGUUUCGUUCAUCAGACGUUUAGAGUAAUCAAUGACCUGCUUGUGGAAUACGAAAAAUGUGAAGAAAUGUUGCGGUUCAAAAUGUCUGGUUGCCCUGACGGUGAGUACGCAGAUGAAAAAGUUAUCGACCACGAGACAGCUCGUACAAUAGAGCAAAUUCACGAGGGCCUUUUGAAUUUAGAGGUCGAGAAGCGUUUUACAAACGGCCAAGUACAAUUUCACAUAGCGAUCAACAAACUGAGCCGGUGUAUCGACAAAAUGAUGAAUAUAGGCAUGGAUAACUUGUUAGCAUCAGUCGAGCUUUCAGAAAAGGUUAUUAACGACCUGAUUAUUCAUCAUCUGUUGCGGCAAGGGCGGCUGGAAUUGGCACAAGAGCUGCACAUCGCCACGCAUAACGAGAAAAUGAGCGAGGAAAAAUUCGCUUUGUUUCGUACCAUGAAAUAUCUCUUGGACCAGUUGAAAGAAAGAAACAUUGGCCCCCUUAUCGAGUGGGUAAACAGCUUGGACGAGAACGUACUCGAUAAAAAGACCGUCGACUGUUUGGUAUUCAAUCUACAUAAAAUGCAUUUUAUCAGCUUGCUACGCCAAAAGCGACCAAACGAGGCACUUAGCUACGCAAGAGAGAAACUAACGUACUAUUCCAGAAUAUUUAAACUAGAAAUUCAACAACUCAUGGGGUCAAUUCCUUAUAUCUAUACGUUGGAAUCCAGCCCCUACAGUCACUUCUUAGAAGACGACCAAAAAGAAAUGCAAUCUCUUUUUUUAAAGUCUUACUUUCGUAGUGUCUCCCUGCCUGCUAAGUCCCAGCUUCAUAUUUGCAUUCAGGCUGGUUUGCACGUGCUGCCGAAACUGCUCAAGGCAGAAAUGCUCAACUUGUCGGGAUCUUGGCAAAAUUUACAAAAACUCAACUUCGAACUUUCACUUCCUAAAGAAUUCACCUUUCAUAGCAUUUUUUGUUGCCCAAUAUCCAAAGGGAUUUCUUCCGUAUCGAACCCACCAAACCUGUUACCUUGCGGACACGUUCUGUCCAGGGAAAGCGUAAUUGGACUAAAGACGGCUCGACAAAGAUCAGUAAACGAGCAUGUACCCAAACUCAGGUGCCCGUACUGCCCAGAGAGAGCGAAACUAUCCGACAUAAGAGAAAUAACGUUUGAGUGAAACGGCCAUUACAGAGCAGAUUUCGACGAUAAUAGGAAAUGCCAUUUAGCUGUCUAUCUCAUCCGCCAAAUUAGCACGACCCGUGUCAUCCAAGUCCAACAAAAAGGUCUCUGGUUCUGUCAAUAUAUCAUAAAAAACGAAUCGAAGCUAUACACAAACAAAUGUGUGUAAUUAAAUUGGUACAAAUAUAUAUCCCAGCUUGAAUAAAGAGGACGAUUUC